AUGGCGGCUGCUUGGCAAUCAUCCAUAGGCAGUGUUGCUGCGGGAUCCGCCUUUGCUACAUUACAAUCUGCAGGAGCUACGGGCGCAAUUGCCAGUGUGUUUGGAGCAGGUGCUACCGCGGCAACCGGAGCAGUCGUUGCCGAUAGGCACCUGAGGAAUGAGGAUCAUCAGAACAAUGGAGGAGGCCAUGACGACAAUGGAGGAGGCCAUGACGACAAAAGAGGAGGCAAUGACAACCGUGGCAGAGACAAUGAUCCAAAGAAUCAAAACAGGAAUGGAGGUGGCAAGGCCGGAGCUAACGAGCCUUCUGUUUGUCCUCAUUGCGGAGCAAGGUGGUGGAGACCACAGUAA